AUGAUAAUAGCACGAUCGCAAGUCAACCGGUCGUCUUUCAUAGGACUGGUUAGAUUCAUAAGCUCUCAAAAUUCAUUAGCGGUCAAAGAGAUGCCGACGAAGGAGCUGCCACUUGUUAUCGCGCCGCGAUCGUACACAGGCGCUGUAAGGGAGCAAUUGUCUGGCCUCAAGUCGUGCUUCUACUUCAAGAAGGCUGAGAUUGAGGUGCUGCCUACCCCUACUUCUUUCUAUGAAACUCUGAAGAAGAAAAUCUCUACUGCGAAGAACAGAAUAUUUCUAGCGUCACUUUACAUUGGGACAUCGCAGGAGGAGCUAAUAUCCUGCGUGUCGAGGGCCUUAGAUAAGAACGAAAACUUACGCGUUUAUUUCUUAGUGGAUGGACUGCGAGGCACUAGAGAAGCUCCAAACAGCUGCUCAGCCUCUCUUCUAUCAGAACUUGUGAGAAAACACCAAGACCGUGUGGACGUUCGUCUAUAUCGUACGCCAGAACUGACGAAAAUUAAAGAAGCACUGAUACCUAAAAGAUUUAAUGAAGGGAUUGGACUCCAGCAUAUGAAAAUAUAUGGUGUUGACAAUGAGGUAAUACUUUCGGGAGCCAACCUAUCGAGCGACUAUUUCACCAAUCGGCAGGAUAGAUACUAUCUGUUUAAAUCCAGGCAUUUUGCAAACUACUAUUUUAAGCUGCAUAGGCUCAUUAGUCGCAUGAGCUAUCAGGUACAUUAUUCCGAAACAGCUCAAAAAUUCAAAAUGGUGUGGCCUAAAGAAAACUUGACAACCGAACCCCUUCUUGAUAGAGGCCAGUUUCUAAAAGCUUGCUCUGAAGCUCUAAAAAACUUUCUUGUUGGAUCUUCGAAUCUGAGCCCACAACUCCCAAUUUCGGAAAGCGGCGAACACCAGACCGCCGUCUACCCCAUUUCUCAGUUUACACCAUUGUUCAAGAAUAGCGAGGAUUACUCCACGGAAAAGCCCUCAAUUCUCAAAAUCCUUUCUUGUAUUACGGACAAAUCGAUCAACUGGACCUUUACAGCUGGUUAUUUCAAUAUGCUGCCGGAAAUCAGAAGGCUCCUACUUCUUUCACCUUCCGAAGAAGGGAAGGUGAUCACAGCAUCCCCGCAAGCCAAUGGGUUCUUUCAAUCUAAAGGAAUUUCAAGGCAUUUACCUGGCGCGUACUUGCACUUGUCUCAUAAAUUUCUGCAAGACGUCAAAGACAGUGGAAAAGAGACGCAAAUUACUUUGAAUGAAUGGAAAAAGGGAGUUGUGAACAUGCCUGACGGCUGGUCAUAUCACGCGAAGGGCAUUUGGUUGUCAGAAAAUGAUCCAACAGAUUCAAGGCCAGCUGUAACAAUCGUAGGUUCAUCGAACUAUACGCGAAGAGCAUAUUCUGCUGACUUGGAGUCUAAUGUGGUAAUAGUGACUAAGGACUCCGACCUCAAAGACGCCAUGCAGGAUGAAGUAAAUCGUCUGAUUGCCAACACAAAAGUCAUCACUACACAAAAUUUUGAAGAAGAGCAUGAUCGUCAAGUAAGCCUUGGUGUACGAGUCGCGACUAAAAUAAUUGGAAAGCGACUGUAA